ACAACAGCAACGACAAAACAACAACGUGAUGGUUGCACGACCUACCUGUGGCAGUUCCUCCUCCAGCUGCUACACAACCCCAACUACUCGCCGCGUUACAUCAGAUGGACCGAUCAGGGCCGUGGGGUGUUCAAACUGGUGGACUCCAAAGUGGUCUCCAGACUGUGGGGCAUGCACAAAAACAAACCCGACAUGAACUACGAAACCAUGGGCAGAGCGCUGAGGUAUUACUACGCCCGAGGCAUUCUGAACAAAGUUGACGGCCAGCGAUUGGUCUACCAGUUCGCCAGUCUCACACCGGAAAUGCUUAAA